UUGUCUUUUGAAGCAGAGAGAGACAAGUCCAGCUCUUUCAACUUCAAUCUGGGAAUAAUUACACAUAUAUAAUUCGUAUAAAUUUUUCGCCUUUCUCCCCCAGAAAUCAAAAAUUUGGUUCCUUUAGCUGUUUGGUUCUUCUGGGUUGGUCUGAGUUUGAGUUGGGAUGACUCAAAACCGGAAUUUGAGCAUGUAAUUCGGUUAUUCUGGUUGUGCUUUUCAACCUUUGUUAUCUAUAUAGAACCCCUGUUUUUCUUCUCUUCCGAGAUUCGGUAGUUUAGAGAUGAAUCUUAGCAACGGAAGAGGAUCUAUGUCAACGGCGAGUUCAAGUGGUGCUUGGAAAUCGGGGGAUACGGUGGUCCCUGAGUUUCCUGCGGGUUUGAGAGUCUUGGUGGUUGACGAUGAUCCUACUUGUCUUAUGAUCUUGGAGAAGAUGCUCCGUACUUGUCUAUAUGAAGUGACUAAAUGUAAUCGAGCUGAGAUCGCACUGUCCCUGCUUCGAGAGAACAAAAAUGGAUACGAUGUAGUAAUUAGUGACGUCCACAUGCCAGACAUGGAUGGAUUUAAGCUGCUUGAGCACAUUGGGUUAGAGAUGGACCUGCCGGUUAUCAUGAUGUCUGCCGAUGAUGGGAAAAGUGUUGUUAUGAAGGGUGUGACUCAUGGUGCUUGUGACUAUCUAAUUAAACCAGUCCGAAUUGAGGCGCUAAAGAACAUAUGGCAGCAUGUAGUUCGAAAGAAGAAGAAUGAGUGGAAGGAUGUUGAGCAAUCUGGAAGUGUGGAUGAAGGAGAUCGGCAACAAAAACCUUGUGAAGAACCAGAUUACUCAUCCUCAGCUAAUGAAGGAACUUGGAAAAACUCAAAGAAGAGGAAGGAUGAGGAUGAAGAUGCGGAGGAUAGGGAUGAUACAUCCACGUUAAAGAAGCCGCGGGUGGUUUGGUCAGUUGAGCUCCAUCAACAAUUUGUCGGUGCUGUCAAUCAACUAGGCAUUGAUAAGGCGGUGCCUAAGAAAAUUUUGGAGUUGAUGAAUGUUCCUGGGCUCACUAGAGAAAAUGUUGCGAGCCAUCUACAGAAAUAUCGGUUGUACCUUAGAAGGUUGAGUGGGGUCUCGCAGCACCAAAGUAAUUUGAACAACAAUUUCAUAAGUUCUCAAGAUGCAUCUUUUGGAGCAAUGUCAUCACUCACUGGGAUGGAUCUUCAGACUCUAGCAGUCACUGGUCAACUUCCUGCUCAAAGCCUUGCAACACUUCAAGCAGCUGGGCUUGGUAGGUCAACAGCAAAAUCUGUCAUACCAAUGCCCGUUGUUGAUCAAAGGAACUUGUUCAGCUUUGAAAAUCCAAAAUUGAGGCUUGCAGAAGGGCAGCAACAUCAUAGCAGUGGUAAACCAAUGAACUUACUUCACGGGAUUCCAACAACAAUGGAGGCAAAGCAGCUUGCCACCUUGCACCAGUCUGCUCAAUCCCUUGGGGCUGUGAAUAUGCAAGUGAAUACCCAUGGAGUCCAAAACAGCUCUCUAUAUAUGAUUGGUCAUCCACAGUCGAGAGGGCCGACCCUGAAUGAAAGUACAGGGACACAUGUACCUAGGAUUCCAUCAUCAAUUGGACAGCCUAUGGUAUCCAAUGGGAUUACUAGUGGAGUUGUAGGAAGAAAUGGGAUUUCUGAUGGUGGCAGAGGGACAGGAUAUAAUCCAGUUCCACAGAACUCCUCAAUGUUGAAUUUUCCUUUGAACAACCCUCCAGAACUGCCUGUCAAUACUUAUACUCUUGGCAAUACACAAGGGAUGUCCUGCCUCACGCCUAAAGGAUCAUUUCCAGAAGAUGUUAACUCUGAGAUAAAAAGAUCCGGUGGAUUUGUUCCAAACUAUGAUAUUUUUAAUGAGUUACAUCAGCACAAGUCCAACGAUUGGACUUUACAGAAUGUAGGCUUGACCUUUGAUGCCUCUCAUCAUGCAAACUCCAGUCAUGGUAGCCUUGAUUCAGGAUUUUCUUCUAACCAAAGGAAUGCACAGAGCCGGAAUGUUGGGAAAGUUAUGUUCCCUAUGGGGGCUAGCACUGAUCAUGGGCAUGUGCAAAAUACUGGUCAACACCUUAACACCGGUCGUAUCGUUGAUAAUGCAGUUCGGAUCAAGUCUGAAAGGCUUUCUGAUGCAUCUCAGAAUAACUUUUUUCAUGAUCAAUAUGGUCAGGAGGAUCUAAUGAGUGCACUUCUCAAACAGCAGCAAGGGGGAGUUGGUCCAUCUGAAAAUGAGUUUGACUUUGAUGGGUAUUCCUUGGAUAAUAUUCCUGUGUAGAAUGCACUCCCUACAAUAUUCUGUAUGAUUGCAGUUCUGGUGUAUAUAUAAGGGCCACAACAGAAGUCAUUUCUUCUGCAAUCACGGUGGAUAUCAAGUUUAUUCCAAGGAUCCCAAUUUCGUAUGUUUCUUUAUGAAUUGCAUGCUUGUGCUGGUUUUAGGACAUUAAGAUCGUGCUGAUGGAUAGUUGUGAGGAUCAAUCAUGUCAAAAUAUAUUUGUUAUGCAUAUAACUGCUGCAUGAUAUGCAAAGGCAUACAUGCAAAAUUUUGACUGGCUAGCAAGAAACUGCUAUUUCUGGGGUCCUGGGGAAGAAAUUAGCGCAUGUUAAGUAUUCUAAGAGUAGGUUUAUUGAUACAUCUGCAGGCCCUGUAGGAGCCUUUUCUAACUCUAAUAACAUAAAGUUUGCCUUUCGUAAUCUACUUAUUUUGUUUUUUGUAAUCUUUCUUUCUUGUCAAGAUUUCAGACUUUGAUGUACAUAAAUUUCACUUGUUUGCUCAGCGCAUAAGUCUGGGCGUUUAUUUCUGGUUGUAAAAUUUCUAGGGAUUCUAUUUCUUGCUGUCACCCCUAUUCGUCA